AUGUUCGAACCCUUGAAAGCAUAUUUUUUAUCGACUGAUAAUUGUCCAACAGUUCUAAAACAGUUUUUUCAAAACCCAAUCAGUGAAGCAUGGAUGUGGUUUGUGCAUAACAUUGCGUCUCUCUUCCACAAAGUGAUUUUAGAUGUAGAAGGUGACAAAAUAUGCGCAACAGAAGCCGCUUUGGAGUAUUUCGAACUCAUAAAUAAGCUUCAAAAUCGUUUAAAUGAGUUAUAUUUACCGCUUAAAGUAAGAGAGUCACUUUCGAAACUUGAGAAUAUGGGAGACAUUGACCGUAGUGUAAACUAUCGGGAUAUCUUCAUCAUGCAUGUCAAGCAGUUCUAUUCGAAUUGUGUAACAUAUUUGAAAAACUGGAGUGAAAAUUUAAGUGAACUAAAGCUAUUUGGAUGGGUUAACUUGAAAAAACAAGUUUCUUGGGCUGAAAUUUUGUCGUCGUGUGAGGCUUUCAAGGACUACAUAGGUCCGAUAUUGAAUCAGGACGAACUGUUCGAUGAAGUUAGUUUAAUACGAACCAACGUUACAGAAGAUAAAAUCGUAGACUGGAAUUCGAGAAAUAUUUCUACCGAAGAUCGAUGGCUCGAAGUCUUCCAAAAAGAAAGUGCUUUGAAAAAUCUCAAAAUUCUAUGCGAGUUCGUUUUUUGUCUGCCUGGGACCAGUGCGUCGCUUGAGAGGUUGUUCUCAAAUAUCAAUAACUAUUGGAGUCCCGACAAAUCGCAGCUGAAAAUAUCUACUCUGGAAGCCAUCAUGCAAGUCUACACAAACUUCAAAGUUUCGUGCAAUGAAAUGUUUCAGUUCUUAAAGAGUGAAACACAACUUCUGAAGGAAAUUCAUGGUUCCAAAAAGUACGACUGGUACCAGAAUGAUGAUCAAAAUUUUCUGGCAGGAACGUCGAAAGAAAAUUAG